AAGACAGAGCUUUGUACGUUUGUCUUUGGGGGUGUUUGGCAGAUUCCAUUGAACUAACUUCCGACAAAGAUCCUCCUCCACCUUCUCCGAUUCUCUUAUCCUUUCUUCAGCUCCUCCUCCAUUGGUUUCAGUUAUCAUUAUCUUCGAAGCUACCAAAGAGCAAAGGUCUCUCCUUUUUAUCUCGUUUCCAACAGAAAAAUCUUCCACCCUUCAGCUUAAUCUCUGACGGAGAAAUCAAAGUAUUUGCAUUUGUUCUUGAGUUUUUGGUACAAAGGCCUGAGCUUUCGAUUUUGAUAUUGGAGUUUUAGUUCAUUGGAUUGAUGUCUUAUGGAAAGAUAUUUUCUUUCGCUGUGAAUUGGAAUGAAGAAAGAGAGAUUCUUCUUCUAGUGUUGAACUUUGAAUUGCUCUCGUGAUUCUUGACGACAAGAGUGUGAGAUAGGAAGUGGAAGAGGAAGAGGAAGAAAUGGAUAUAUGGUUAAUUGCAGCUACAGCUGCUGCAGGAUAUAUAACUAGGCAACUUCAGAAUGUAACCAAAGGUAAAGGUAACUUUCUCGAGUCUUCUUCUUCUGAAGAGACUGUGAAGAAGCAAGACUCUCCUUGUACAUCCCUGCUUAGCAGAUUGGCUACUGUCAAGAAACCGAAUGAAAACAAGUUUGGGGAUGAGAAACACGUUGAUGUUCCAUCAACGAGUGGGGAGAAUUCAGGAAACUAUGGAGAUGUUCAUUCAGAUGAUUUGUUCAGUUUACUGCCUGAAUUCCAGGAGAUUCGACUUGGAUAUUGGAAAGGCAGUGGUGCUCUUGGAGGUUAUACAGAGCUGAGUUCUUCUUCUUUCAGGCAGAGAAGGUUCGUUAAAAGGAACCAGAGGUACAGACGGUUGACUAAACCUUUGAGCUCUAUGGAAAGCUGCUUAAUGUCUCGGUUUCAUGGAGAACAAAUACAAGAUUACUUGACUAGCCCAUUUCCAUCUCCACGCGCUUCAGUUUCGAGGCCGUUGCUUGUGACUGAUGGUGCUCGAGUUAUUAGCAAGAGCACUGUAGAUUCUUUGUGGCUGAGCCAACAACAGAUUACUACUCUCAGUGAAGAUAAGGCUUCACAUAGUUGCAAGAGUAGAAAGCAUGGACUAAGUGAUGCAACGGUGCUGCUACAAAUAGGGAUCUCGAUUGGCAUAAUGGCAUCGUUCAUGGCAAGGCAAGCCGAAGUGAGCAAAGUCAGACAUGGCUUAGAAGAUGAGCUUGAGAUGAAAGACUCGUUGAUUGUGAAGGAAAGGGCAGCUGAGAAUUCAGAGUCUAUAAGUAAUAUUGAAGCUGAGCUUGAAGCUGAACUUGAAAGGCUAGAAAUUAACAUGAACAUCUCCAACAUUGAGAUGGAGCCGGAUUUGGAGGUAGAAUUUGCACAAGGUGAACUGAUAGCUGACCGGGUUAGAGGAAAGCGUGAGUCCAACCAAGAUCCAAGUGGUAACUCCACACCAGAGUCAGGAAACUAUGCUGUCUCACCUCGGGAGUUGAGCUUGCGGUUGCAUAAAGUUAUCAACUCACGUCUUGAGAAACGGAUUACAGAGCUGGAGACUGCACUCCAAGAGAGCCAGAGGAAGGUGGAUCAGCUGGUCAUGGAAUCAGAAAGCAAGAAGAGUUCAUGGUCCAGAGUAUGGGAAGCCCGUGAAGUGAUGACAUAUAAGAGUGACUCGAUUGGUAUAGAACAAACCAAGACUAACCUUACUGGGAUGCAACCACUGGUUAUGAACUUAACAGGUGAAGCACUUGAUGCGUUCAAUGAAUCUUACGAUGAGUUGAUGAACAUAAACGAUGACUCUGAAGAGGAUGAGUCACCACUGGAGGAGAUGCAAGAGAGCGAGCUUCACCAUGAAGAUUUAUCUUCCACCUCGCCUUGGAGCCACCAUCAUCAGGAUGAUUACAAGGUUCAGGAGCAGGAGCUGCUAGAUUUUAUUGGUUUGGAAGAACAAGAUGAAGAAAGCAGUGACUUUGAGAGUGAAAUGGAGAAGCAACUGAUAAAGCAGAUUGUUGAGAAAACAAAACAAGGGUCUCCUGUUGUGUUGAAUGCUCAGAAGAUGCUUUUUCUCAUGGAAGAAUCAGAACAAAAUCUAGAAAAGUAGAGCCACAUUUAGAGUAUCUUGAAUAUUCAAGUCUGGUUGAUGUAGUUACUUGCAUAUGAAAAAAAAACAUGAAAUUUUCUCAUAUCAGACCACAAUCAAAGCCUGAAACAAAGCUCAUAUUUUCUGUGUUAA